AAUGCAGUUGCUAAAAACACAUCCUAAAUGCCAAAGAACCUGGCCGGCCUCCUCUCCAGUGCCUCCACCGCCAACCACGCGACCGAGCUGCACGGCCGCCUCAUCACAUCUAAUUCUCUCUCGCACCCGUACUUCAACUCCCUCCUCGUCUCCCUCUACGCCCGUUGCAAUCUCCUCUCCUCCGCCACCGCGGUCCUUCUCUUGCUCCCCUCUACCACCGCCGCCCAUGCCUGCCACCAUGUCUCUCCCGCUGCAUGCACAGCCGUCCUCUCUCGCCUCUCCCGCUCCCCCCGUCCUGCCGACGCCAUCUCCCUUUUCUCUCUCCUCCGCCACCACAGCCGCCUCCCUCACCCCAGCCCCUUCACCUUUUCCGCUCUCCUACCCGCCUGCCGCUCAUCCUUCUCAGGCUCUCAACUCCACUCCCUCGCCCUCAAGUACGGCGUUGCACACGACCUAUUCGCCUCCUCAGCACUCACAGACAUGUACGCCAAAUCCUCGGAUAUGGACUCGGCUGAGCUCGUGUUCGAGGAAACGCCCCGCCAAAACCUCGUCUCCUGGAAUGCUCUACUAGUCGGCUACGUGCACAACCACCAAUUUCACAAGGCAAUAUCGGUUUUUAGCGGGCUGUUCCGACUAUCCGACCCGUCAAUGAAGCCCGACCAGGUUACCUUCUCUGCCGUUUUGACUGCAUGCGCCAACUCAGGCGAGCUCUGUUUCGGUCUUGGCGCUCACGGCCUGACUGUAAAGAUCGUUAUGGACUCACUCGCCUACGUCAAUAACUCGCUGACCAACAUGUACUCAAAAUGUGGCCGGGUGGAAGACGCACGCAAACUGUUCGAUGAGAUACCCGAAAGGGAUGCCGUAACAUGGAACAUAAUGAUUGCCAGUUUCGUUGAAACAGAACAUCUUGCAGAAGCAUGUCGAUUAUUCAUGGCCAUGAGAAGACUUGGCAUCAAACCUGACGAAGCCUCCUUCUCCACAUUGCUCCAUGCCUCAUCAAACCUAGCACAACUCCUAUUCGGUGCUGAAAUUCAUUGCCAGGUUGUGAAGUUUGGGCUCGCAGAGAACUGCUGCAUCACCAGCUCUCUCAUCACCAUGUACUCAAAAUGUGGUAGUUUGGAAGAAGCACAGCUAACCUUCGCCGACACCAAGGUUCGCCACAACGUUGUGUCUUGGACGGCAAUGAUUGCAGCAUUGCAGCAAUAUGGAUUGGGCAACCAUGUACUCCAACUGUUCGAUGAAAUGCUGGAAGCUGGUCUUCAGCCAGACUACAUCACAUUUGUAUGUGUUCUCUCGGCCUGCAGCCAUACCGGACUUGUGGAAAAAGGUUUUGAAUACUUUAAAUCCAUGUCCCAGUAUCACAAGAAAAUCCCAGGAAAUGAGCAUUACGCUUGCAUGGUGGAUAUGCUGGGCCGGGCUGGCCGGCUGGAUGAUGCAAAGCAGUUUAUUGAUAGAAUGCCGGUUAAACCCGAUGCCUCGGUAUGGGGAGCUUUGCUUGGAGCCUGUAGGAAUUGUCGGAACCUGGAAUUUGGCAAGGAGGUCGCUUACAAGCUGUUUGAAAUAGAGCCACAUAACUCUGGAAACUAUGUCUUGUUGUCAAAUUUGUAUGCCACCCAUGGGAAGAUGAAGGAAGCAAAUGAAGUGAGGAGGCUCAUGAGGAUCAAUGGUGUAAAAAAGGAGACCAGUUGCAGCUGGAUUGAUGUGAGAAACAAAACCUUUGUAUUCACAGUACACGAUCAAUCUCAUGACUGUACACAACAGAUAUAUGAGAAGCUGAGGAAAUUGGAGGGGUUGGUUAAAGAGAAGGGCUAUGUGGCAGACACAUUGUGUGCUGUGAAUGAUGUUGAAGAGUACAAGGAAGAAAAUUUGUGGCAUCACAGUGAGAGGCUUGCACUUGCAUUUGGUCUGAUAAGUUUGCCAGAGGGUGCACCAAUUCGGAUCAAGAAGAAUGUUAGAACCUGUGGAGAUUGUCACACCAUUAUGAAGCAUGUUUCAGGGAUCUUUCAAAGAAGGAUAGUUUUGAGAGAUACAAAUCGCUUUCACCAAUUUGUCGAUGGGUCAUGCUCAUGUAAAGACUACUGGUGAGCAAAUUAGUUCAAGAAUUUGACCGAUGGGGUAUAUUUCAUUAAUGCGGGUUCAUCUUCUCUUCAAUUAAGUUUCUCAUUGAUGGCUUAUUGGUUUUGGUCGUCUAAAGUAAAGAAAGUUUAGAUCCUGAUAUUCUAGCAAGUUUAUAGCCAUUUGAUUCUUUUUUUUUUCUUU